UUGAGGCGCUGCUGACAUAUCUUCUGCCCUUCACCCGAGCUCUCAGGUUCCUCAGGAGCGGCGUGUUUCGCACCUUUACUCAAGGCCUCUCGGGCAUCGACCAAGCCAAUGGUGGGCCUGGUCUGAGCUUGUCAAUCUGCUCUGCGCUCAUGCUCCGACUGGGCGGGCGUAUCCACGUCUCGAGCGAGGAGGGCAAAGGCACGAAGAUCGACCUCACAUUCCCCUUCCGCGGGAGCGCCUCUGCCCCGACCAAGCCGUCAAACCUCAAAGUGGCAGUCAUUCGAGACAAGUCCGAGCAGAGCAAGUGCUUCCUCGCCUUUUGCGACGAGCUUUGCCGGCAAUUUGGUGCAAAGAUGCUCGGCGACGCGACGGAGUUGCCACGACUUCUGGACGAAGCGCAAUUGGUCCUGAUAGCAGGGGAGGCUACCUCCGAGCCAUCCAAGCAACGCGAGGUGGCUCAGCUCCUCAAGUCGCAGCCGGCGAAGGCAUCGGACACGAACGGUGGUGCAGUGGACAAGGGCAAGCAGCGGCUACACCUCGAGCUCCCGAAUCGAGCUUAUAGCGACAUGCCUUCGUCGUUGCAGCCGGAGCGCAAGCAGGUCAUGAUCGACGACGUGCCCGCCAUCUCUAUCCACCGUCCAUUCACGCUCCCGGACCUGGAGGUGCUCGAAGAGAUCUUCGAUGGCACUUUUGCCGAGCAAAGGAAGCGAGGAUGUGCAUUGCACAAGGUCAGCAGAGGCUCUCAGCGUGGGAGCCCUGCCAGUAGUCCAGAAGGGUCGGAUGAGAAGCUGCCUUUCGCUCCUGGCGCGGGUGGGCCCGAGAGCGGGCCGUUUCAAGCAGAGUCGCGACGAUCUUCGGAGUCGACCACUAGGUCGGUUUCAGAGCCGCAGGCUAGCGGCGUAUCGCGCACCGACACCGAGCACCAAGGAACGCCGCACCCUCCGGGAACGAAAAGUGCGGGCCAGUCGCAGCCGCAGCCAAAGGUGUCCGACGCUCCCCCUUCAUCAGACAAGCUCACCGGUCACCAGAAGCGGCCAUUCCAAUGCCUCGUAGUGGAGGACAACGAUCUCAAUCUCCGCAGUACGUCUCUCGCGAUGCAUUGCCCACGACGAAAAGGCCGGCAGCUGAUUUGUUCCGCUCUCUACUCUCUCACUCAGUUCUGACUCAAGCGCUUAAGCGUGCUGGUAUACAGUACCUUCAGGCGCGUGACGGAGUCGAGGCGGUCGAAGCGUUUACGUCAUCGCUCCCUCAGGUCGUCCUUCUAGACAUCAACAUGCCUCGCAUGGACGGCUUCGAGGCAGCUAGGCGCAUGCGUGAGGUACCCUGUCCCGACUACUACCCGCGAAUAGUAGCUGUCACUGCCCUGAGUCAAGAGAGCGACAAGCUCAAGGGCUUCGACUGCGGCAUUGAUGAUUGGA